AUGUUCCACUUCAAGACCCUCCUUGCUUUCGUUCUUGCUGCAACCGCUGUCUCUGCGGUCCCACUCCAAAAGCGCAUCGCACAAACUAUCGCUGACUCUACCGCUGAUUGGGAGAAAGCUUGUCUUGCUGCGGGUGGCGCGGGCAAAUGCAACCCAAUUUCACAGACGGCAUUCACGAGCUUGCUCGCUGCAGGAGGCAACUGUGACCAGCAAGAUGCUGCGGAUCAGAUGAUUGACCUUGCGAAGCAGCUGAACAACGACGCAGACAUGAUCCGCCUUGCGCAGAUCUUUGUCCAACAGCCUCGUAACGCUCCGGACAGUCUUCAAGUCCCUUACUGCCAAACAGCGCCGAAGAACGCGGAGCUCAACGGAUUCUUCCACUGCCAGUUCGCCGGCUCUGACUUCACCAAGUUUAGCGGCGACCAGACCGGGAACCUUCCACUCGGAUUGAACGCAGUCAACCCUCCCGGCUCUUGCCCUGCAAAGACGGACGGCCCAGUCCCGGAUGGUGUACAGCUCAACACGCUGGUUCAGAGCCCAGGAACUCCUGAGGGCGCUAGUGGAAGCGCCUCGGGCUCUGGUGGAGCAGGUGCCUCAGGCUCAGGCGCCGGUGCGAGCGAUUCAGGUGUAGAUGCGAGCACAGCAGUCUCCGGUGCAGAUGCAACAGCAACAGCAACUGCCACAGACGCUCCGUCCACAAUCGCCGUCGGAGCUGGCAAAGGUGUGUCUGGCGCCUCGAACAAUAUUCCUGCAACAUGCCCAACUAAAGUGGUUAAUGGUUCAGGCGCUUCAGGCGCUUCAUCGGUGGACUCCGGAGUGGGUGACGCGACUACAGCUGCUCCUGCGGCUGCUUUCUCUCCUGCGACUGGAGCUGGGUCUGCUACUGGAUCCGGAGCGGCUCCUGCAGGCACAAAGCCCUUCACACUUCAGAAUGGUCUUGACGCGCAAAAGGGCAACGCAGCAGCUGCGGACUUGAGUGAGGGCUCUCCUUGCACAGAUGGUGAGACCACCUGCGCUGGUACACAAGUUGGUCAAUGCGCUGGCGGUAAGCUUGUCACCACUGCCUGCUCUGGUGGCACGCAAUGCUUUGUCCUUCCUCUCGUCAACAAGGCCGGUACUUCUGCUGCUUGCACGACUGAGGCAGAUGCUUCCGCUCGUAUUGCGGCUACAGGUGCAACUGGUGGUAUCACUGGAGCUUGAAGAUCGGUGGGUAAUAGGUGUCAGAGUAGCUUAAUGACAUAACGAAACCAUAUCUGGGAGUUGGUCGUAACUUAUCUCUAUCUCUGUUUGCAUUUGUUGUCGUUCACAUUGUAUAAACAACCAUAUCACCCGAGUGCUCAACUUAUUCUUCUACCUUCUC